AUGCUGUUUGUGCUUUUCCUCUUGCCGGCGGGAGUGUCAGUGCCCCAGCCUGUCCCCGCGGCCCCUAGCUCCCCGGGGGGGAAGCAUGGGGUGGCGGAGCGGCGGGGUGUUGAGGAAGGUCAUUGAAGAGGUUGUAGAGAGAAAGAGAGAGAGAGGCUGGAAAGGAGGGUAGCCAUCAUGGGGGAGGAGAGUGAGGAGGAGUGUGACCCCCAGAGCAGCCUGCCCCCUGUGAAGCGUGUCAGGCUCACCCAGACUGAUCUCCUUAACUUGCUUUUGAAUGAGGUGACGGAGAUCAGAACAUGCAUGAACACUCGUCUCACUCUGCUGGAGAACAAGGUGUCGGUUCUGGUCCACACCUGCAACAAGAUCUCCUCUCGGCUUGACACCAUGGAGCAGCUCGCCACCAACACCACCUCCCCUCACCACCACCACUCCACCACCUCUGCCUCCUCCACUUCCUCCUCCACAUCUAAGCAGUCUGACCAAAAUGUAGGUAUGGGUAUGGGGAUGGACAUGGCUGCCUCCUCCUCUGUGCUGGUACAGGACACGGAAUCUAGCGCAAAUAUGAACGUGAUUUCUCUGAACUCAGAGGACGACUUCCCCCAUGGCUCCUGGCUGGGCGACCCCUCCCAGCCCAACAUGAGGGUUCGCUGCCCCAUCACACCCCAGAACCUGCUGCAUAUCAACUCCACCUGCAUCACAGCAGAGAAGAUGGCCCUCACUCUGCUGGACUACCUCUUCACCAAGGACGAACUGGCCACCUCCAAUCUCUCCGGCAGAAGCCGGUGGAACAAGAAGCAGCUGGACCCCCUCAUGAUGUUUGGCAUUCGGUGUCACCUGCAGUACAAGUUCAACAUUAAUCUAAAGCUGUGGCACAAGAUCUGUCAGAACAUGGACUCCAAGUGCCGGUCUGCCUGGAAGCGGCGCAUCCGAGGCAUGGUCACCCAGCCCAAACAGCGGCAGGCGCCCCAGAUUGGCCACACGUCAUCAGUGCGCAAAGACCCGGCAGUCACUGAGGACAUCUCCUUCGACUUUGACUCCCUGCAGAACUCAAACUUGGAUCUCAGUGAUGUAAAGGUCAUCACUCAGUCCCCAACCUGUGAGCUGAGGAUCCUGAAUGCCACACCAGAGCAGAUAUCACAGCUCCAGGACACCCAGGAAAUCAUUCUAUCCGAGGAGCAGAUCCUUACACCACCCUCAAAUGAGAAGAGCAUCCUGAUUAGCAACUCCUCCCCGUCAGUAGCCAUCGGGGGUGAGGGGCUGGGAGGGGAGUUGGACAUCGGCCCAGACAUUGGCUCAUCCCCAUCGCUGGACCACCGCAUCACCCUCAAGACAGAGCCUGGCCUGGCCAUCCUGGACCAGCACGGCAUCCUGGCCCGGGACUCUGAAACUGAUGACUGAGGGUGACAGGAUGAAGGGACAGGGUGUUAGGGUGACACAGACAGGGUGAUAGAGUGAUGCAGGGACAAAGUGUUAAGGUGACUGGUUCUCCUGUACAUACAAUCUCAUUUUCUGCUCUCCACAUCGCUUCAUCCUUGUCAUUCCCACACAAUCAGUCAUCUUUGCACUUUUCACUGUUGAUUCUAGUGUUUUGUAUCAUGAGUGUGGAUUAUAUUAUUUCUACUCAUUCCAGACUGCUUUAAGUUGAUUUCAUGCUAUGUUCCUACCGUGUCCUUGUUUCUGGACUAACGUUUCUACUCUUUCAAAAUGAGUGUCAUUUUCUACACACACUUUCAACUACGCCCUCUUCCCUAUCCCCCUCUCUUAAGUGCCAUGGUCAAUCUUAGGCUGCACACACACACACAUUCCACUGUCACUGUAUCUCUGUUAGGUCAGAAGAGAGUCACAGGUACAGAGGCUACACACACAUGAUUUGCCUAAAUUCAAUGAGACUCCACUUGACCACUUACCAGCCCAGCGUUUUAAUCACCACACCUCUCUACCACCACUGCCCUGAUGAAUUGUGUAAGAAGACAAAAAAGACUAACCUUGUAGCUGUUCCCUGUGAUAAGAGUUGUGUGGUGUGGUGGUUACUGGGAAGGAUCAAGAUAACAAGUGGUGUUUUUCUCCAUGCUGUUAUCUUUUCUCUUGGACUCCUCUCUUCUAUUCAUCCUCUGUUCACCUGGAAGACAAAGUAAGGAAUGAAUCGUCGUGGCACUGGAAUGCUGAACCUCACUAAGUCUGUGUGGGGGUGUUAAGCGUCAUUCCUGCUCUCCCUCUUAACGUUAAGCCACCAUUUCUUGUAUCUUUUUUUUUUUUUUCAUUUAUUUCAUUCACUCAUCUAAGUAUUAAGUUUGUUUUCCCCAUCACUUUACUUCCUUUUUACAAAUUAUACAGACCCAACACUUUAACUAACUUUCUCAGUGUGCUUUCAGUCUUGUUCAUUUACACUGACUUUCUCUGGUUUUCUAUUGUUAGUUCAAACCCCACCCCCAUCACCAUCUCCACCAAACCAUUACAUCCCCACCACUCAACAUCAUCCAACAUCAUCCCUAGUAUUCUCUGCCACCCCAAGACAUCACAUCACCACUCAGGUAUCCACCACUCCUAUGCUUCACAACUCCCUGUGCUGCUCCUCACCCCAUAAGUGAGGCUCAUCACCAUUCUCAAACAUAUCACUCACUCUUCUCAGUGUUCCUCCUUCCCUGGUAUUCUCAGUAUGUCUUGUGCACACCUAGCUAUUUUCACUCUCCUGUUCACUGGCUCCCUUGUAUUCUCUAUUUGUUACUUCUUUCUGUGGUUUAUGAAUUACUGGGAAGCUGCCUCAUCAGUCUUCAUAAUGGCAGCCACUUUUCCCUCAAGCCUACUAAUACUAUUUGUGCUGCAUAACUAUUUAACAAACAAUAUUUUGAGACCUUUCCAUCAGUCCUCUACUCCACAUAUGUACAAGUGACUGACUGCUAUUUGUACUGUCAUACUGUCAGUGACAGUACUGUUUUAUCACUAACUGUAGCUAUUUGUAACUGAGCCCAAGGCUGUGAGUCCCUGGGCUAUAAAUCACUGCAGGAGGUUGUUCCUCCUAAAUUGUUAUAUUAUUACACAUACUAAUUUUAUACUUAUAAUGAUUAAGAGCUUUAGAAGCAAGCUGGCCUUUGAAGCCUCUUGGCUAAUGUUUGUUGUACUGUACCUGAGUAUUACCCAUUGUCAGUCUGGUGCAGGUGUUACAACUUGCACUGUUUUUUAUCACUGUCAGUAUUAUAGGAAAAGUAUUGGAAUCCUUAUAUGAAAAUCAAGGCAGGUGUUUGUCAUAAUGUCUCCCUUCCCACUCACCAAGCUUCUUGUUGAUGCAUAUUGACUGAAUCAAAGGCUUCAGAAUAAAGUAUGUAGUUUUCCUGUACUUGAAAUCAAACUUUGAAUCGACAUCACCAUCAUGAAAUUUGUAUGAAUUGGAUUAUGCACAAACCUCAGAGCUCUGCACAGCUGAAGGUAAGGGAUGUGUGGGGGGGUGACACACACCUCAGGCAAGGCAAGGGUUGGAUAAGGGCAACACCUGCCAGAAACCUUUGUCAGACCCUCAUUACACACUGGUAACGUGUGAUUCUUGUUUUCUGUAAAAAGUAAUAUCAAAACAGAAAUUGUGAGGCAGAGGAGGAGAGAAUGGUGUGUGCAUGUGUACAACAGCCUGAUGGAGUGGCCUGCCAUUAAUGCAUAGACUGUAGCUACCACUCAGGCCCCUGCACCUUUUCUACCUCACUCCAUCGCAUCACCUCACCAACACACAUCUCAUGUGCCACUAACUACGUCAACCACCACUGUGAGGGCUGGCACAGAUAACCAACCUUCUGAUCACCAAUAGACCACCUGUCUCAACACCACAGCCUACAGGUGUCCCCAGCAGCAUCCAUGACCACCAUUUAUUCUCAUGUAGGCAUCUCCCCCCAUCACGAAGAUCCCUAAGAUCUCCAAAGGUCCUCACAACCAUCAGCCUGUCAGCAGGUAGAUAGGGAGUGAUUGACUUGAUGUGUCUUGAUUCAUGAUAAGCAGGGAACCCUUCCAAUGCAGUUAUUUUCAUUAUGAUCGUAUGUACCAACCACCAGAUUAUAAUUACCUAAUAAAACAUCUUGUAAGAU